GUCUGGCCUCAAAGAAGACAGCGAUCACCGAGGGACCAUCACUGCCAGGACAGCCUGGCCAAGGGAAGAAGAUUGGCCAUCGAAGUGUGGAUGCUUCUGGAGAAACCACCUACAAAAAGACCACCUCAUCCACCCUGAAAGGAGCCAUCCAGCUGGGCAUCGGAUAUACUGUGGGCAACCUGAGCUCCAAGCCAGAGAGGGAUGUCCUCAUGCAAGACUUCUAUGUGGUGGAGAGCAUUUUCUUCCCAAGCGAGGGCAGCAACCUCACCCCAGCACACCACUACGCUGACUUCAGGUUCAAGACCUACGCGCCAGUGGCAUUCCGAUACUUCCGAGAGCUCUUCGGGAUUCGUCCGGAUGACUAUUUGUAUUCCUUAUGUAAUGAGCCCCUGAUCGAGCUGUCCAACCCUGGGGCCAGUGGCUCCCUCUUCUACGUCACCAGCGACGAUGAGUUCAUCAUAAAAACUGUGAUGCACAAGGAAGCUGAAUUCCUCCAGAAACUCCUUCCUGGCUACUACAUGAACCUGAACCAGAACCCCCGGACACUGCUGCCAAAGUUCUAUGGACUGUACUGUGUGCAGUCUGGGGGCAAAAACAUCCGCGUGGUGGUGAUGAACAACAUCCUGCCCAGAGUGGUCAAAAUGCACCUCAAGUUCGACCUCAAAGGCUCAACCUACAAGCGCAGAGCAUCCAAGAAGGAAAAGGAGAAGUCCAGCCCCACCUACAAAGACCUGGAUUUCAUCCAGGACAUGCCUGAGGGCCUCAUGUUGGAUGCAGACACCUUCAGCGCUUUAGUGAAGACGUUGCAGCGAGACUGCCUGGUCUUGGAAAGUUUUAAAAUCAUGGACUACAGCCUCCUGCUUGGGGUUCACAACAUCGACCAGCAGGAGCGAGAGCAGCUGUCUGAGGGUGCCCACAGCACGUCGGACGAGAAGAGACCAGUGGGGCAGAAGGCUCUGUACUCCACAGCCAUGGAGUCCAUCCAGGGAGGAGCUGCCCGCGGAGAGUCCAUCGACACCGACGACACGAUGGGAGGGAUCCCAGCAGUGAAUGGCAAGGGAGAGCGUCUGCUGCUGCACGUGGGGAUCAUAGACAUCCUGCAGUCAUACAGGUUCAUCAAGAAGCUGGAACACACCUGGAAGGCCCUUGUCCAUGAUGGGGACACGGUGUCAGUGCACAGACCCAGCUUUUAUGCAGAGAGAUUCUUCAAAUUCAUGACCAACACAGUGUUCCGAAAGAAUUCCUCUCUGAAGUCCUCCCCCUCGAAGAAAGGGCGCAGUGCCUUGCUGGCUGUGAAGACGGUUGGUCCCACCGCGGCGUUCUCGGCCAGCCAACUCCCCUCGGAGAAGGAUGACACCCAGUAUGACCUCCGGGCAGCCAGGAGUUAACCCACUACAGUCCCUCUGGGGGUGCUGGCUCUGCCAGACCUGCUCCCGUGCACUCCUCCUUCCUUUGAAGAAGCUACCACAGCCUCCAUAGCCACAACUCUGUCGUCAACAUCUCUGUCUGUCCCCGAGCGAUCACCUUCGGAGACCUCUGAGCAGCCCAGGUACAGGAGGCGCACGCAGUCCUCAGGGCAGGAUGGCAG